AGGCGUAGUUAUCAAGCCAGACAGCGCAAUAGCCAAUAAGUCGUUCAGUUCAGCAACUUCAGCCCUAAUCCCAAUAUCGACACAACAGUUGCAGAGAGACCAAAGGAAGAGAAGCGAAGGAAGCUCUAUAGAUUUCUUUAAUGGCGGACGGGGAGAAGCCUCUUCGGAAGAUUGCGGAGGCAUUUAAAGACCUCUCAGUUACUGUAAAUUCCCAAACGCAAGACGUCGAGGUCGCGCCGUUCUCUCAUGCCUGCUCUCUCGUUUCCCCUCUUUUUGGCUGCUUAGGGAUUGCGUUCAAGUUUGCGGAGAUGGAUUACGUUGCUAAGGUUGUUGAUCUAACAGAGGCGUCAAAAUCAAUUGACACAUUACGAACUAUGCUCGAUCGUGACAUCCAACACAACUGUGUGAGGAAGGCUGGUAGUCAUUCGAGAAACCUUCUCAGAGUGAAGCGUGGUCUUGACAUGGUCAGAGUACUGUUUGAGCAAAUUUUAGCCACAGACAGGGGAAAUUCCCUCAAAGGUCCAGCUUCCAAGGCUUAUGACCAGGUCUUUGCUCCGCACCAUGGGUGGGCUAUCAGGAAAGCUGUUGCUGCAGGGAUGUAUGCCCUUCCUACAAGAGCCCAACUCUUGAGGAAGCUAAAUGAAGAUGAGGCUUCCUCAAGGAUUCAGAUGCAAACCUAUAUUGCUGCAUCAGCUCCUGUUAUACUUUAUAUUGACAAGCUAUUCCAGUCAAGGGAAUUGGGUAUCGAUUGGUGAAACAUUAGUCUAUUUGAUAAUUAUCAAAAAACAGUAGUCUAUUURAUUUCCUAAUAUUGAUUUGAUUAGGAUUCUGUACUUUGUUGUCAGUGAUAUGGUGUGAUUUAUCACUGUUGCUGCAUAUGUAAAUUAAAAGGUUACAGAGGUGAUGUAAAUUAAUAGGAGUCUUGCAAAAUUGUUGCAUAGGUUUAGGCAUUUGCCAUCAUCUAGUGAGUUGGAAUUUCAAGUUACUUUAUAUUAAUUUUUAUCAAUAAACUUUUAGUUGAAUACUUUA